GCACUGUUCACCAGCCUGCCCGAGAUGGGGUCUGCCAUGCCCAUCCGGUCCACGUGUCCCUACUGCGGGAACUACAUCGUCACGACGACCACCCCGGUCGCGGGGAUCCUCACCUGGCUGCUGUGCGCCGGCCUCUUCCUGUGCGGGUGUAUCCUGGGCUGCUGCUUGAUCCCCUUCUGCGUGGACCGCCUGAUGGACGUGAAGCACACGUGCCCCGUGUGCCAGCGCGAGCUCUUCCGCUACCAGCGCCUGUGAACCCCUGCGAAAUAAAU